ACGCCGCCUGAGUCACAUCGCUUCUGCGCAGUGUCCAUGCGGUUCCGGGUCUACGUUUUGGUUCUCCCUUCCCAGAGAAACUGAGACUCGGAGCCGAGACGACCGCCUGAAACGCACAGGACACCUGGCCUCGGGUCAUUGGUAGUUUCCCCAAAACCCCCAAUUUUCCGGCAAGGGAUUAAUCAAGGGGACAUUUAGGACUGGAGUGAGUGGGGCAGUGACGGUUCCUGUCCGGUAUUUCAGGUGAGGACGUUCAAACUCAGAAGAUAAGUUCUCGCUGUUCUGGCUGCCUUGGAUCGCACCUCUGAGCCGUGAGGUCUUGUGGAGCUGAAAUGACCCACUCUUUGGUUUGCGCAGACACAAUGAGCAGGGUGAGUUCGGUGCUGAAUCGCAACUCGCGGCAGUUUGGAAAGAAGCACCUGUUCGACCAGAACGAGGAGACGUGCUGGAACUCGGACCAGGGCCCCUCCCAAUGGGUGAUACUAGAGUUUCCCCAGCGCAUCCGUGUCUCCCAGGUGCAGAUCCAGUUCCAGGGGGGCUUUUCCAGUCGCCGGGGCUGCCUGGAAGGUUCUCUGGAGAGUGAGGCUCUCAGUAAGAUUGUGGACUUCUACCCUGAGGACAACAACUCAAUUCAGACCUUCCCUGUGCCAGCUGCUGAGGUGGACCAGCUAAAGGUAACAUUUGAGGACACCACUGACUUUUUUGGCCGUGUGGUCAUCUACCACCUGCGAGUGCUGGGGGAGAAGAUAUGAGACCACGGGGCAGCCGCCCCCUCUAGGAAACCCUCAUGGAAGCACAGCCAAAUCUUUCAAGUUCUGCACAGGUUUAUUGAUUUCUUCUGGCAAGGACCCUCUCCCACCAUCUGUCCAGGAGCUGCCUUUGAAGCCAGUUCUGGGUUCCCCCAACUCUGGGUCAACCAUCUUGUUCCCUGAGUGUCUGAGUCCCUGGGGGACAGGUGACGGUCUUCACUCGGGGUCGUCAGGCACCAGAUUACUUUGGAAGAGUUUGAGGAUGUGGUUCUCAAUCACCUGUUGCACUGGAAAUAGGACAAGGAAAAGGAGGGCCAUGAAUGGAAUUGGGACUGCAGAGGCACUAGACCCACCUGCAUCCUCCCUUCAUGGGUUGAGCUGGGGGAUCCUGCCCUGAGAACUGCACCCUCCCCCAAGUCCUCUCUGCACUGGGACAUGGAUGGAGGGCCCACUUCAUAUAUGGGUAAAUCCACACCCCUUCCAGGACACAGCCAGGAAAACGGAGGCCCCUAUUCCAGGAACCUCAAUUUCCCCCAAGUUUAUAAAAAUGUGUUUUGGGAAGCAUUUCCGAGUUAUUGGUGAAUUGUGGUAUUUACAAAAGGACAAGAAGGGCUAUGAGGACUGAUGUCCCAAACAGAGGAGGACUCCUUGAAGCAAGGAGGGGUAUUUCCCAAGACCUCAAUUCCCCCUACAACCCCGGGGGAUUGAUUCUGUUACAGUCACCCUGUUUCAUGGGUGGUGAAGUGAAGGCAGAAGUAAGGAAUCAAACUGGGAUCUGUUUACACCCACCUCCUACCUCAGAGGGUGGCCUCAAGGUCCUGUGUAUUGUGGCCAGGCCCCCUUCCUCUGGGUGCCCUCACCCGGC